CCCUGGAUGAUGCAAGCAAAAGAAUCAAACAUAAACUUCAGUAAAACUGAAUCGCUUAAAUAACUGGGACAGAAAAGCGUGGCAGAGAGAAAUGAAUGACAAGGCAAUAUUAAGAACCUACAAUUAAUAUAAAGAGAGCAUAUGAGAGGAAACCUGGUAAGAUGGCACUGAAAAAAACAAAGCUGACCAGCAGGGCUAGACAGACUAAACACAUUCUAGGAUUGGAUAGUAGGAAGAGGCUACAAGGGGAAGAUACGAAAUGCUUGCAAUGUCAGGAAGACUUCUUGCUCUACUGCACAGAAUAUAACGAGAUUAGAAAUAUAUAUAGUUUAGUGCAGCAGCCACAUCAAGAAACUAAAGAGGAAAGGAUAGCUAAUACAUACAAAGGAGGGAAGAGUUUCAAAAAAUCAUCUCACGUAAUACUACUAACUCAGCCUAACACGUACGGUAGAAAGUUGUUAAUUCGCCAAAAAUGCUUCAUGAGUGAAAUAACUAAGUUUUAUAUAGAAUUAAUUAAAUACAAUGAUAUUUAUUUACAUUUAUGUAAUUUUAAAAUAAAAAAACGUAUUUAUUAACAGAAGAAAUGGCUCAAACAAAGGAGCUAAUCACCUCAGGUGGAAAGUAAUCGUGUAAACAAACAGGUGUCAUUUUCGAAGAGGAAGAAUUUGUCGCCGAAGUAGAAAACGUCACAUAGGAAUCAAACAAUUUGCACCGGAAAUAUUGAAUUUGUGCACGAACUGAAGGUCACCCAAGAUUCUCCCUCAGAAGAACCUUCCUUCCUUCGUCAGUUUUGAUUACCAUCAGGAUUUUGGGAAAUGCAUGUUGUUUAUUUGUACUACAUGGAACAUUACCAAUAGCAGCUCUUAAAGUGUAUGAGACAACAGUGAAUUAUUGUAUGCAUAUUUAACAAAUUUAAACAACAAGUAAAAUUUGUUUUGAAUAUUAAGAUUCAUACAUCAGCAGUGACAUCUGGUUGUAGUCCUUCAAGAUAUUGUUCUUAAUUUUUAACAGAUUUAUUCAGUAAUUAUUUAUAAUCAAAUUUUUGUUAAAAGUUGUGAAUUGAACACAUUGUCAUUACAGAACAGGACAAGACAUAAGGCUAAAAUGAAUCCAGGACAUUCUUUAGAAUUUCCUUUGAAAAGUGAAACUGAAGGUGAAUUAUCACUACCUUCCAUAAAUCAAGAAAACAGCAACUUGGCUGCCUUUAGUGGAACCAAUGAUGGAGACUUUUUGUCUCUGGAUCCAUUGAUGGACAUCAAAAUAGAACCAGAGGAAUUCUAUGAGUCUAAUGAAGAUGAUGAAUAUUUAUAUGAAAUGAAUUCAACAGUGAAUGAAAAACAUCCACAAACUUGCAAAAAGGAAGUAAAACAAGAAAGAAGAAAUAUUCACAAUGGAGAGAAGCCUUCCAGAUCAACUGACUGUGAGAAAGCAUUUUACAAGAGAAUUAAUCUUACAAAUGAUAUUACAAAUCCUACCAGAGAGAAAUUCAUGUGCAAUGAAUGUGGGAAAACAUUUUCCUUGAAACGUAAUCUUAUAGCUCAUAUGAGAAUCCAUACAGGAGAGAAGCCAUUCAUGUGCAAGGAAUGUGGGAAAGGAUUUGCCCACAAACAUCAUCUUACAAUUCAUAUGAGAAUCCAUACUGGAGAGAAUCCAUUCAUAUGCAAGGAUUGUGGGAAAGCAUUUUCCAAGAAAUCAAGUCUUACACUUCAUAUGAGAUUGCAUACUGGAGAGAAGCCAUAUAUGUGCAACGAAUGUGGGAAAUCAUUUUCCCAGAAACCACAUCUUUCAAGUCAUAUGAGAAUCCAUACAGGAGAGAAGCCAUUCAUAUGCAAGGAAUGUGGAAAAGGAUUUGCCCACAAACAACAUCUUACAAGUCAUAUGACAUUGCAUACUGGAGAGAAUCCAUUCAUAUGCAAGGAAUGUGGGAAAGGAUUUGCCCACAAACAUCAUCUUACAAGUCAUAUGAGAUGGCAUACUGGAGAGAAGCCAUUCAUGUGCAAAGAAUGUGGGAAAGCCUUUUCCUGCAAAUCAAAUCUUACACUUCAUAUGAGAUUGCAUACUGGAGAGAAUCCAUUUAUAUGCAAGGAAUGUGGGAAAGCAUUUUCCCAGAAAUCAAGUCUUACAAGACAUAUCAGAAUCCAUACUGGAGAAAAGCCAUUCAUGUGCAAGGAAUGUGGGAAAGGAUUUGCCCACAAACAUCAUCUUACAAGUCAUAUGAUAUUGCAUACUGGAGAGAAUCCAUUCAUAUGCAAGGAAUGUGGGAAAUCAUUUUCCCAGAAACCACAUCUUACACAUCAUAUGAGAUUGCAUACUGGAGAGGAAAAAGAAACAAGGUGCUAAAAUAAACCACUUAAGGCAGAGAUCUCUCAAAUGACCAACUAUAUAACAGAUCAAAAUCACUCACAAAAUCUGCUCAAGAAAAUAUGGAAAAUAAAGAAAAAAUAGAGUAGGGGAUGAACAAAUGAGUGGAAAAUUGGCAGAACAAAAAGCCAAUAUAAAGGCCCUAGCUUCACAAAUAUGAAACAAACAACAGAAGAUAAAAGUAAAACAGAUAAAUAGGCAGUUUGGUGAAAAUCCAAAGAUUGUGUAUUGGAAGAUUACCAAAGAAAGUGGAGGUAUGAACACCACCGAGCAAGGAAGACCUAGAGAGAUUUUGGAAGCCGCUGUUUGAAGACCUUAGACAACACCAAGAGAAUUCAUGAAUUGACACCAUUAGGCAGAAGAACAACCAGAAAUAGCAAAUGCCACCAAUAAGGUUCACCAUCGAAAAAGUAACAAAACAAUAAGCAUAUAAUAAUUUCAAGACACCAGAAAUAGACGAGACCUCAAAUUUCUGGCUAAAAAAAGAUCACAGCACUACACCGCAAUUAUAUGCAAGCCUUUUCAAGAAUAGUAAAAGGAGAAGAAUCACCAGAGUGGCUCACAACAGGAAGAACCAACCUUCUCCUAAGAGCUCUGAGACUGAGCUCCCUAACAAAUAUAGGGCCAUCUGCUGUCUAUCAACAACCUACAAAUGGGUCACAGGAGUCAUAGCAGACGAGAUCUAUGAACAUCUAGAUAAAGGUAAAUAUACGGAAAAAGAACAAAAGGGAUGCACAAGAAACAAACUAGGUACUAAAGAUCAACUGCUAAUAAAUAAACAAUAUUAGAAGAUUGUAAGAAGAAAAGACAAUGGAAUCUUAAUAUGGCUUGGAUAGAUUGCAAGAAGGCAUUUGACACCGUGCCAUGCACCAGGAUAUUCAAAUGUAUGGAAUUAUACAACAUCAAUGAGGAAAUAAGAUCUUUCUUGGCAGCACAGAUGAGUAAGUGGAAGACCACUCUCUGUCUAAGGGGAAAGGAUUCCCGAAACUUUGGUGUAAAUAAAAAGAAGAAAUGAUCUCCAGUAUUCUCGCUGUCCUGUCAUUGUUAAACUUAAGCUUACCAGGAAGGAGGGCCAGACAUGAGAUCCAAAGAGGAAUAUUCCAGGGUGACAGCCUUUCACGACUUUUAUUCUGCUUGACCAUAGAUCUGCUUAGUAAAAUCUUGAACAACAUUAACACUGGCUAUGACCUAAGCAAAAUCAGAAGCAGAAAAGAGAAUAAAAGAGUGAACCACCUGCUCUUCAUGGAUGACCUGAAGUUGUUUGCUGACUCAGAAGAAAAAUUGGAAGAACAAGUUAGGACAGUCCACCAAUUCUUUGACACCUGCAUGGAAUUUGGGUUGGACAAGUGUGCCAAGAGUACAAUAAAGAGAGGGAAGAAAGUAACAUCAGAAGGCAUAAAGGUAGAGGAAGGCAUAUCUGUUGAAGACCAGGCAGAGAAGUCUGCAUAUAAGUACUUGGGAAUAGAAGAAAACACUGGUAUAGAACACAAGAAAGUGAGAGAAAAGGUAAAGAAAGAAUACAUCAGCCACUUAAAGAAUUAACACCAAAGAACAAGAUCACUGCCAUAAACCAGCUGGCGAUACCAAUGGUGACAUAUGGUUUUGGCAUUGUAGACUGGCCACAAGAUGAGUUAGACAGGAUGGAUAUUAAAAGAUUCUCACCCUACAUUAAGUCACAUACAGACACCAGUGUAUGGAGAUAAUAUACCUCCCUCUUGGAGAAGGUGGAUUAGGCCUGACUGAGAUCAAUAUACCUCCCUCGUGGAGAAGGUGGAUUAGGCCUACAGGGCACCAAUAGUAAGUAUAGGACAGUACUUGAAAAGCUCUAAGGACAAAAACAUCAAAAAGGUUGCCCAACACCAUAAUGAAGCCCUGAACCAACUAACAUCAAUAACUAAACAGGAUAAGAACUUUGCAGAUCUGAUAAAAGACACAGAGGAUACCAACCAGACCAACAGCAACAAUAGCCACGAAAACUUAGCAGAAAUACAGUGACAGAGAGGAGAGACUUAAAAUGGAAAGGUAGAAAGACCAUGGAAGGACAGGACGAUUUCAAGAAGAAUUGGAAAAGUUACAUUGACAAAGAAGAGUCACUUAGAUGGAUAAGAAAUGGAGAUCUAGGUUAUGAUGGAGAGACUGAUAAUAGGAACCCAAGACCAAGGCCUCCUGACAAACGGCUUCAAGAAAAUGCCAGGCAUAUCAACAAUUGACCAGUGUAUGUUUUGUCAUGCAGUGGUGGUUGAGAGUGUUAGUCAUCUGAUAUCAGCCUGCAAGACCCUGCUUGCAGAUGGUCACUACACAAGCCCACAACAAGAUCUGUAAAUAAAUAUUGGAAAAUAUGUAAAGAAUACAGAAUUGAAGUGAAAGGAAAAGUGUGGGAGCAUGGACCACAUCCAAUCACCUCCAAUUGGGCUUUACCAUCUUUUAUGACAAGGAAAUGCCAACAGGAAGAUAUAUAGAAGGAGGUGCUAUGAGACCUGAUAUUGUGAUCUGGAACAAGGAGGAAUAAACAGCAAAGAUUAUAGAUGUGACAGUAACCAGUGACUUUGGCCUCAAUAGAGCUGAAAGGCAUAAAUAACAAAAUACCAAGACCAGAAGAAU